AUGCUGACGGUCGACGAGUCAUGGGUUAAUGUGCAACAGAAGACAUUCACAAAAUGGUCCGUCCACGCCGAUUCCCCUCCUCCGCCCCUCGAUGCCUACCCUAGCCUUCUGGUAUCUUCCUUGCUCAACAACAAGGUAAAGGUCCGGGAUAUUUUUGUGAAUAACUUGGUGCACGAACUUUCCAACGGCGUCAUUCUUAUCCACCUCCUUGAGAUCCUAGGCGGAGACUCGCUCGGUCGAUAUGCCGCCAACCCCAAGCUUCGUGUGCAAAAGUUCGAAAAUGUCAACAAGAGUUUGGACUUCAUCAAGGGGAGGGGGAUUCAGAUGACCAAUAUCGGCGCGGAGGAUAUUGUUGACGGUAACCAGAAGAUCAUCCUCGGUCUGAUUUGGACGCUCAUUCUCCGAUUCACUAUCAGCGACAUCAACGAGGAGGGUAUGACCGCCAAGGCCGGUCUUUUAUUGUGGUGUCAAAGAAAGACCGCCUGCUAUGAGGGUGUGGAGGUUCGAGACUUCUCUACUAGCUGGAAUGACGGCCUCGCAUUCUGUGCGCUACUAGAUAUCCACCGGCCAGACCUGAUUGACUACGAUGCUUUGGAUAAGAACGACCACCGAGGGAACAUGAAGCUCGCCUUCGAUAUCGCCACGAACGAAGUCGGCAUUCCUGACCUGCUCGAUGUGGACGACGUUUGCGAUGUUGCGAAACCCGACGAAAGAUCGUUGAUGACAUAUAUUGCGUACUGGUUCCACGCCUUUUCGCAGCUUGAGAGGGUAGAGAAUGCGGGACGGCGAGUGGAGAAGUUCGUGAACAACAUGCACGGCGCAUGGGAGAUGCAGAACUCUUACGAGAAGAGAAUGCGGGAACUCCUGCGAUUGAUCCGGGCCCAGCGCGAAGACUGGAAGAACGCGUCGUUCGAAGGAACAUACAAGGAUGCAAAGGAGCAGGCCUCCCAGUUUGCCAUGUAUAAGCGAAACCAGAAACGCCAGUGGGUAGCCGAGAAGUCGGAUCUCGCAGCGCUUCUGGGUAAUAUCAAAACAAAGCUGAGCACGUAUCGCCUGCGAGCCUACGAUCCUCCGCCAGAGUUGUCUUCCGAAGCCUGCGACCAGGAGUGGGAGUGUCUAACCCGUGACGAGCAUGAGCGCAGUCAACUCAUCAACGAAACCAUCCGUGACAUCAAAAACGCCCUGCGCCGCUCUUUCGCGGACAAGGCAAACGACUUUGCGUUGACAUUGAAGACAUUGUCCCUUGCAAUUUCAGGUCUCGAUGGAGAAGUUGAGGACCAAUUAUCCCACGUCAAGCGACUGAACGACAAUCUACCACCUCUUGAUGCGUUUUUGGAGACCAUUGCUGAACUGGAGGAACAGUGUCAGGAGGCAAAUGUUGAGGAGAAUGACUACACGACUUACACAUUGGACGAAUUGGCUUACGAGUUGAGCCUUGUCAAAUCAAGCAUAUCCAAGAAGAUGGCUUUUCUGGAUAACCAACUCGUGGCGCGGAACAUGACGAACCUUACCCCCAUUCAAUUAGAAGAGUUUGAAUCAGUAUUCCGACACUUCGACCGCGAUUCGUCCAAUACGCUCCAGGAGCUCGAGUUUUCCGCGGCGCUUGCUAGUUUGGGACUUGUGUAUGACGAGGAGGAGAUGCACCAGGUAUACGUUGAAACAUGUGGUCCUGUUAGGCUUGCCCAAAAUGCAGGAGUCAGUUUCGAACAGUUCAUUCGUUUCAUGGUCAGCGUAACAGAGGACCAGAAUACUGCAGAGCAGGUAUUCCAGAGUUUCCGGGAGGUUGCUGAUGGCAAGCCAUAUGUCACGGAGCUUGACCUUCGGCACUCUCUCAUUCCGGACGAGAUCAUUGAACACCUUGUCAAAACUAUGCCUCAGCAUGAGGGUCCUGAUCUGCUGGAAGACAGAGAGCUUGCGAAGUACGACUACAUCAGCUUCAUGGAGAAGAUGAUGAAUGAGAACUCCGCCCAAGCCCCUGUUAAUGGCAGCGAUUAA